UGAAACUCAAUUAUAUUGAAAAGAAAGAGGGAAAAGUAAAAAAAUCCGCAGUAAAGCUUUUCACAGAAAUCAGCAAAGCUCUUCUCUCCUCCUACAGUCGUCGGCUUCAGUCUUAUUCGGUAGAAAAUUCACUGCAAAAAAAAAAAAAAAAAACAAAAACCAGCUAAGCAAAAGCGGCCAUGGGGAGGGGAAAGUUCAAGGGAAAGCCCACCGGUCGGCGCCAAUUCUCCACUCCCGAGGAGAUGAUGGCUGGUACAUCUGCAUCUCGUCCUCGAACUUUUAAAAAGGAAGAAGCUGAAGUUGAGGAAGUAGAGAGUUCAGAGUCUGAAGAGGAAUCUGGAGGAUCUGAUGAAGAAUCAGAAAAACGGAAGGGUACACAGGGCAUCAUUCAGAUUGAAAAUCCUAAUCUGGUCAAGCCUAAGAAUCUGAAAGCCAAAAAUGUGGAUAUUGAGAAAACCACUGAACUUUCCAGACGUGAGAGGGAAGAGAUAGAGAAGCAGCAAGCUCAUGAACGGUACAUGAAGCUCCAAGAACAAGGGAAAACAGAACAAGCUAGGAAGGAUUUAGAGCGUUUGGCCAUGAUAAGGCAACAAAGAGCAGAAGCUGCUAAAAAGCGAGAAGAGGAGAAAUCUGCUAAAGAGCAGAAGAAGUUGGAAGCUCGCAAAUGAUAUGAUUGCUGAUUGAUGAAUUCAAGAUUUUACUGGGUUCUAGUUAUAUGUAAAUUUAUUACAUACAGAUAAAAGUGCCUGUUGGGUUUUGCAAGUUUUUUAUACUUAGAUUGUUCUUACUGGAGGCUGGUUUGAGCUAUCCAUCUUUUAAUGCCUGGAACCUGAAUUUCUCUAUGUAUGGAACUUGUAUUUAGUUCCCUGUUCUUUGAUAACAAAUUUAACACAUAAUGGAUGGCUAAAUUGACUAA